AUGCGCCACACCAGCUCCAAGACACCGGCUGAUUUCUACAGUCGUCUAGUCGGCACAAUCGCCGUCGCAGCCGCCUUUUGGGGCCUCUCGCGGUACAUCAGCGUUGAAGUCGAGGUAGAAAAGGCGGACGCAAAGGGACAGGACCCGGCAAGUCCAGGUGCGAUAGGUGGCGCAACAGAGGAGGAGGAGGAUGACGACGAUACCGAAGACAUUCUACUGUUCCUUCCCACCGGUUUCUCGCGACCGAGUCCCAGAACCUUCUACAAGGGGUCAGAUCCAGAAUGGCAGGAGUUUAAGAAACUAGCCACGGACCGACCCAGGGUCGAGAAGAUACGCAACGAACUGAUAUUCAUGAUGCGCAACAUGGCUGAGAAGAACACCGGCUGGACGUCACGUCUCGGCAAGAUCGAUACCAGCAAAGGAAAAGCAUGGAUUGAACUGAAGUUUCCCGAUGGCCCUCCGCCCAGAUACGAACAGCCUGGCCUUGCUUUGACCGGAGACCUGGAGUGGCGGAAAGCGACUCACCCAGUCGAAGACUUGCACCACCAGCGCUUGAACAAAUUACUCUUCCCAAGCGUAGUCUCGAACGCACUCUACGCGGACUUAAAGCAGAAGGCGCUUCUAUCAUGGAAGAGCUUCAAGCUAUCUGUGGGACUAGAGCAGAACCCCAAGCCUAGACCCACCCCUGUACCAGGCUCAAUACAAGACGAGGUCGCAAAGUUCGUCGCAAGAGGCGAAAAGAAGCCCGAAACUACAGGCGUAUCUGCAACGCCAGCAGCCUCAAGUCCUCCAGCAGCCCCAGCAGUCAACAGUACCGAUGCAGCCGACCCAGCCUCGUCUCUGAGCUCCCAACAGGCCAAGGAGCUCGGCCUCAAUCUCCCCGAUCCCAAAAACUUCACCCUCGACCUCACCAAGUUCCAGCAGGAAGUCAAGAAGUCUUCCAAGCCAUACAGGCAGCCGCCGCCCCGCGGCAGUUUCCUAGUCAUGGGUCUCAUCGACAUCUAUGGCGAAAAGGCGCGCAUAACUCUGAAUGUCGCGGCGUGGUACGACCCCAAGCAAGGGCGUUAUGUUAGCAUCAAGACUGGAAUUUAUAAUCUCGUGGAUCAUAGUCAGAGACCCAGAGGUGGGCCAUAG